AUGGGCGACUUACGAGUCUUCAAGGGCCUCGUGGCACGAGAUCACCCGGUUUCGGGGUUUGGUAUAUACUCCACCGCCAACACGCUCAUAGCUGAGACGACUAGAGCUUGGAACCCAGAACCUACUUUCAAGACGCAAAAGGUUCUCGGACGUUGUCUAUAUAUGAUGCCAUCUUCAACGAAGACAGAGCCCCCCAAGAAGAAUACAAAGAGCGAACCCGCUCCCUAUAUGGGUUUAUCGACAAAUCUGCAGGGAGCAGUGUUCGCGACUAAGGCCGUUCGCAAGAAAAAGGGUGAACCUUCAGACAACGAAAUAUUGGGACAGGCUUCGGAUAUAAACAAGUUCAAUUUCAGAGGCGUCGACUUCAAGGUCACUCCCAAGCAUCAGUGGGCAGGACAGUGUUUCCUGCCGCACUACCUCUCGACCUCCCCAGCAAAUUUGACAGCUUAUAAGAGAUUAGCCUCCGGGGAGCCAUUGGAAAGUAUCUUGCCGGACCCACAAGAGCGGAAGAGAUAUUUGAAGGAGUAUGAAGAAUUCUCGGCUCGGUUGAAACAGGGGAAGGCACCAAGGCCACCUGCUCUCGUCCCUAUUUCAGCAGCCGAUGACACGGCCGGUUUAUACGGGCCGAGUGAUACUGUCCCAAAGACUACGCAAAAAUCUUGCAACGCGUCUGUGCUAAAGAGGGACGAAGAGGCAUUCUCUGGACACCAAUUCGAGGUCCCAUAUUUAGCAGUACUACAGUUCCCCGAAGAGCUGCUCUACAUGCUUGAAGCUUUCGCUGCCGCGCAUCCGCACGAUCACCUCCCUAUGCCAGGCAUGCUCAUUACUAUUAUACAAUGGAAAGACAUAUUAAAGAGUGACGACCGGCUGCUUGAGGAAUUCAUGAGAACAAACAAGCGAAACAAAAGGGCAUACUCAGAUGUGCCUAUAGCUCACCUAGCAUUUUGCCUCAUCUACAACUCACACCGAAUCCGCUAUACCGAAUGGGCAGAGCUAGCAGAGUUCCCGCACUUGCUCAGAUUCACCCAUCGAGCUAUUGAAACAGAUCUUUUGAGUGCCGGUUGGUUAGACAUUGAUGAAACUGCCUUGGAUCAGCAGCGAAUCUUCGAACUUUUGGAUGAGGUCAAAUCGGUGGUGCCGGGCAUCUCCCCCGGGUUGCGACUCACCAUAAUGCCUUGGCAGAUGCCAGGAACGAAAAUGCCAGGAAUGUACGGCCCGGGCUCCCCGCCCCCUAUUGAACCCAUCGAGAUGGCUUUGACAGGCCUCACAAGUGUCUCCUACUAUGGAAUUCCUGAUUACAGUCCGCCUGGUGUGGCUCAAGACGGAAGUGACACCGCGUCGUUCUCCAAACAUUACAAGCUUGGAGACAAAUACGUGAAUCUAUCUCUCCCAGAAUGGGCUUGGGAUGAUUGCAAAGCUGAACUCACAGAUUACCAGGGGCGAUCCGCGGCGGACUUCAGAGAUGACUUUUUCUAUCCACAUUGGGAGGUAAACAAGCUUCACUCACCUACGUACUGGAGAAACAAGCCAAAGGCACCGCCUGAAGCCGAUUAUCCCCGAUAUAAGGAGAUGAUGCAGUUUUGGGCACAGCACGAAAUCCAUGCUCACUUGUCUUGGGCGGAAGGGAAGCAAGAGGCCAAGAGAUUGGCUCCAGGACAUCGCUCGCUUUCCAAGCUACGCUAUCUUGUAAUGAAGGCAAUGUAUGACGAAGAAGGAGAUGUGGCUUUCAUAAGAAACAAGAUCGACGCCGUCUCAGAGCGACACCCAAUACAACAGGAUGACAUUGAGCGAAAUGUUCCCCUGGCUCUGGGACGCCUGUUGGGUUUGGAAGCUCCUGACGACGAUGAUGUCAUGGCUUUGAGAUCCUGUGUGAACCUAUGGUAUGGAUACUAUAAUCCCAGAUCCACUACCAUGAGAGGCUUAGGAUUAGCGUUUGAGUAUAGCACAGGCAUCAUGAAUGCCCUGAAACUUGCUCAAGUGGGAGAUCCCGCUACUUUUCAAAGAGUUAGACAGGAGGGCACAAAGUGGCUGGAUAGAUUUGUGGCCCUCCGGCAGGAUGCGAGGUAUGUUCGAUGGCUGAAUGCUUGGAGAAGCCAGUUUCCCGAGGUCAUGGUCCAUGAUGGCGACGCGAGAGAGCAUCAUAUACCACCAGUCCCCGAACAACAAUCCCUUCAACCGCCCUCGGAGCCAGCCUUCAACAACGUGGAUGAAACCGCCCGUGCAAACGGUCCGUCUCCAAGCGAACCAGCGCCUCAGCUUACUCCAGAUGAUACAUCUCUCCAGCCUAUGUUGGCCGAGCAGGAACCCACUGUGGAACAACUAUCAACGCUUGAAGAUAAUUCUCACUCUAUUGCGGAUCAUGGCCAGAGUCUGGCACUUCAGUCCACCAUUGAACAAUCCGACCAGCAAAUGCUGGAUAUACAUGAACAAAUUCCAGCCCCAGAUGGACAGGCCUCAACUAUGGAAUAUCACGACCAGUCUGACCAGGAAAUGUGGGAUAUACAUGAACAAAUUCCAGCCCCAGAUGGACAGGCCUCAACUAUGGAAUAUCACGACCAGUCUGACCAGGAAAUGUGGGAUAUACAUGAACAAACCCCAGCCCCAGAUGGACAGUCCCCAAGUGUGGAAUACAACACGCCAGAUCCGGAGGGUCAUGCUCAACUCCCAGAAGUCACGAUAGGAACCCCUGAUGAGCAAGACCAGACAACUAUGCAAGCAUCAACCGUGCCAACAGAGAGCGCGUGGACCCCCCCACGAGUGUUAUCCAUGAUGAAGGAACUAGUAGUGGCCAGAGAGCUGCCACUAGAGCUAGCACAACACGUCUCAGACUUGAGCAAUGGCUGGAAUCGGUCGAGAUCAUGGCCAGACUUGAUCGAUGAGAUGGAUUUGAUACUAGACCUGAUCAGUGACACACAUCCAAAACCAAUACCACCACACUUGGCAGAGGCUGUGGCCGAUUGGGAGCGAAAUAUCGACGAUAGACACCCUACGCAUCAAGCUUCAGGCCAGCAAUCACCAUUCCCUGAGGAACACCCGCAAAAGCCUGACGAGCAACCUUCUCCGUCCAAACUUGUUGGUUCACCGCCUCAGUCUACCUUGAAUGAUCAGGCCCUGGUAGAAUGGGAAGCAGAUAACUACCCUAAGAGCACCGCCCGUGAGAACGGCCCGAGGGGACACACUCUCCAAUUUGUCUCAGGCGAACAAGUUCACCAGUCUGCCCUGAGCCACCAAGCGCCAGAUGCAAUGGGGCUCUCGGCAGUCCCUCCUCAGCACAAUGCAGAGCAGUUGGAACAACUACAACAAGACCAACAAGCCUCCCUGAGUGGGCAGAGUUUCGACUACCAGACCCCAGCUCCAGAGGAGCAGCCUUUAAUUACAGAUGAGUACCAUCUUCAUCAAGCUUCUGGUCAUCAGACUUCUGAGACCGAUUUGCCUGUCCAAGAGCACUCAGAGGGCGAAUCCUUGCCCUCGCCGACACCUAAGUCUGAGACCCAGGACCUGGAGCAAGUGAUGCUUCUUGUUGAUGAACUGAUGAGGGGUAGAGGGCCCGAGAUUCCUGCUGAUUUGCGAAACCGCGGCCGAUUGCUGAGAAUAGACUGGAGGGAAGACGGCGUCUUUCCCGAUGACGAUGAUCUGGCAAGCUUGAUACAAGGGUUAGCUGAUGGUUACCAGGGAGAUAUGCCAAGCCAUUUGAGAGAUGUCAUGGCUUGUUGGGUGGACGCUAAUUAG